AUGGCCCCCCAAAAUUCAAAUUCUGUCAACUUUUUGUUACUUGUGACUAUCUUAUUUUCCUGUACCAUUCAAUCAUGGUCGUUUCGGGUAAGCAAUGGACAGCAAGGUCUGGUUCAGAAUUAUCAAGUGCUAGAUACAGAAGGAGAUGAUGUCCUCCGUGGUGAGGAAAGUCAAAAUUCUCAAUAUGGCGCGUUUGGAAUUCUUCCACCAAAGUCCAACAACAACAAAACAAAAAAACUAAAACCAGAUACCAUCAUUGUCGAUGAUAUCGAGAGCCUGCGACAAGCAGUUCUUGAUGAGCAAACAGACCUGAAAAAAGUACGCAUAGAGAACUAUGUUAAGGAGCAAACGGAAGCCAUCAGCGACCAUGAAGUUUUGAGGCUCAUCAAGGAACGCUUCGAAACCUACUCCACACCUGGAAACCGAAAAGAUAAUGCCACUCUCGCCAUUGCAAUGGAAGGUGGUGGCAUGAGAGGAUGCGUAUCUGCAGGCAUGGCAGCAGCUAUUGCAUCCUUGGGACUCUCGGAUGUAUUCGACACAGUCUAUGGCUCAUCAGCUGGAUCUGCAGUGGGAGCUUACCUAAUCAGCCGUCAGAUAUGCCUUGAUGUUUAUCUUGACAUUCUUCCAGCAGCGAAGACACAGUUCGUCUGCAAGAAGCGUCUGUUUCGAUCCAUGGUCUCGAACCUUGCUCAAGUCAUGGUAUCAGGCCUGAAGCGAAGCAAGACUACCGACCAAACAAGCACUGUCGAAUCCAGCGACAGGAUCACACCAGGAUUGAACAUUUCCUAUCUUCUUGAUGGUAUCUUGGGCCAUAACCAUGGCUUAAGGCCACUGGAUAUGGAAAAGCUUGAAGAGAACGAGAAGAAGCAACGCCUCAGAAUUGUUUCGUCAGCAGUGGAUGCUGACGGCAACAUGUUCUCCAAGGUUUUUGGUUCAGAGGACUUUUUCAACUCGACCAUGAUGCAAAAGCAAAAGAACGGUAACCGACAAGGCUUGUUUGCCUGUAUGCAAGCCAGCAUGUCAGUCCCAGGCGCUACUGGUCCACCGGUAAGGCUUCACAGUGCAAUGAAUGAAGAUGACGUGCAUUCCUGUUUUGAUGCCUUCUGCUUCGAGCCCAUCCCAUUUCGAUCAGCGGUGGAAGAAGGUGCGACCCAUGUCUUGACACUAUGCACCCGUCCCGAAGGCUUCAAGAUUAAGACCAAGCCAGGUAUGUACGAGAAGGGAAUAGCAUCCGUCUACUUCAAGUCUCAAGGUAUGUCCAAUGUGGCGGAGUAUUUCAAAAAGGGAGGCCAGCAGUUCAUCUAUGCCGAGGACUUGCUGACAUUGGAAGAGGGCAAGAUAUCCAAGUCAUCCCCAGUGCUGGUGCCACCACCAAAGAUCUUCCACGGCAUAAUGCAAACCGAGCAACACCGACGAGAAAUUGAGUGCCGCGACAAGGAAUGGAAAAAAGCAUUCUUGUUGCCACUCAAAGUCCCUGAGGAUACGCCCGAACUUUCCACUGUCGAGCAAGACCGAGAAUCGGUUCUGGCAGCUGUUCGGUCUGGUUAUGCCGCAGCCUUUGAUUUGCUGGCACCGGUAGUUGGUGUCGAUCUGGGUCUGACAGGUGACGAAGUAAGCCAACUCAUCUUCCCUACCACACCAUCACACGUACACUAUGACACUUCCUCUUCUACACCAGUCAAGGAUCCAGAGAUGGAGGACGAGCGAGUAUUGAAUACCCAACUACGUGUUCCUGGAGCGCCGAUCCGAAACUUUGAGGUAUCAACUCUUGCAUUCGAUGGGUGGGAAAAGAAGCCAAGGGCCCGUCGGGAGCGUGGACUCCGCCGUGCGCACCUUUUGAAGGUUGUGCGUACGCUUGGAGGAGAUUCUUUCCGUCAUCCUGCUGCAUUCCCAAGACCGACAUCAACUGGUGAGUCUCCUUCUUCUUCUCUUGCAAAUGAGUCGGCAGAGUUAGCACACGUUUUGUUGCAUAGCCUCCCUGGUCUGAAUGGUGAGCGAGCUUUCCUUCACCAUCUCAGUAAAGGUCUUCGCAACGCAGCUUAUGGUCGUGAACCAUUGCAAUGA